GGAGUAUUUGUUAAGGAUGCACUAGCCAUCUUGAAUGAGGAAGCUGUCGGUGUGCAGGCUAUGAAUGCAUAUCUUGAAAUCUUAAGUUACAAGCCUCCAGAGCAGGGAGACCCUGAAUCUUUGUUUAUGUCCACGUUUGAUUGGGAUGAUAUAAAAGGAGGAGACACAACAGCAGGAGUUGAAGCUUACUGUGAACCUUUGUUCAAUAAUGUCUGCAAUAUGGACUUCGUUUUUCUCCCAAUUUUACAUAAGAAACAACAGCAAUUCACUGCAAUGCUGGGAACACUACAAUACUCAAAGAACAAAUCAAACUACAUUAAUGGACCCCUGCUUUGAAGAUGCAUCCAGAUUGCAUGGUGAAAUCUCAAGACGCUUAGCAUUUUUGAAAGAUAAGGGUAAAUCAAUUAUUAAGAGCAAGAUGAUAUGGAAACAUGUGAAAAGAGAGGGGCAAGUGUGUCUAUUUACUUUCACUGUAUCAAACAAAGACAGGGACUUGCUUACCUGGUUGGGAAAGAAUAAUGUUGAUCAAUUCCCUAUUAUUUCAAGUAAGGAAUGUCCUAAACAAGAUCCUUCCAGUGUGGACAGCGGGAUUGCUGUGACGUACAUUAUCAAGCGAUUAUCGGAAGGUCUUGAAUUAGAGUCUACCUUUAAAAAAGGUGCCAUGACUCAGCAGAGAGCACAUGUUUUGGGAAGGUUCUUAAAUAACAACAAUGACAGUUAGGUUCAUCUUUAUCAAAGG